AUGUUCUCCUCGUCGACUGCAAAGUUGGGGGACGGGACGGCAGUAUUCUACACAGAUAGUGGCCCGCCGCCAUCAUCGAGCGACUACACCACGCUUGUAAUAAUCCACGGAACUGGUUUUAAUGGCCAUGGUUUCGAACAUAUCCAUGACCUCGCUCAUGAACGCAACCUUCGCACCGUCGCUAUCAAUCGGAGGGAGUACCCCGGUUCAACAGCGUACAAUGACGAAGAAUUGAGCUUCAUGAAAAAGAACCCUCAAGCGCAUCUCGAGAGCCUUGCUCAGUUUAUUUCUUUGUUCCUUGUAGCCUUCAUCGAGGAGCACUCCAUCCCCAAAGCGUACGAGAACUACACAAAGGGAGGAUUAGUGGCAUUGGGCUGGUCGACUGGAUGUAGCAUGCUUGUCUCGAUGCUCUCGAAUGCGAGCGCCGUGUCACCACAGUCGCGUACAAUCCUCGAACCCUAUCUCUCAAACAUCGUUCUCUACGAUCCUAGCCGAAUCUACGGUUUCACUCCUCUGGAUCGCCCAACGACUGCGUACACACCCUGGUUGGAUCGCGACCUGAAAACAACAAUGGAGAUGGGGAUUGCAUUCAAGGAUUGGGUCAGCAGUUACUACGACCCUCCUCCGCCAGCCUGGGAUGGGUUGAUAGCGAAUUUAGAUCACCAGCGGAAACGCACGCCGAAAUCGUCUACAGACUCAUGGACGCAAGCAGAUAUUCAGCGAUUCUGCAAUUUUGAAGCAGUAGCGAGAACGGAUACUCCACUGAAUGGGGCAAUCAUGAGCGCAAUGGCUGGUGAAACGCAUCGCGCCCUCUUUGAUGAAAAACUCGUGCAGACAUACUUUCCUCGGGUCAAAGUUACUGUUAUAUCCUGCCGCCAGUCGGUCUGGCUCUGUCUCUGGGUUACCAAUCGAACACAGACACUGCACGAUGAGUUCGUGAGGCGAGGCAAAAAGAUUCGACAGACUCAAUUCAUCGAUGUUGAAAAAGCAAACCAUUUUUACCAUCUUGACGAUCCGAGUGGAUUCCUUGACACCGUAGUGCAAUCAAUCAAGUAG